UAUGGUUGGUUUGCAGACUCUGGAAGCACCUCACACAUCACCUCUCGAUGUGAUGGCACUGUUGCCAUACGAAGUAAAGUGAGAAAUCACAUCAUGAGGUUCAAUCUUCGCAACAUGCUACAUGUGCCGACAGCAUCCAGCAACCUUAUAUCCAUUACACGGCUUAAUGAAGCCAGUGGAAGGGUACACAUGGGUGACAGUCAUGUGUUAAUCAUGGAUAAGCGCGGUGCUAUGCUUGCUGUAGGUAAGAAACAAGGUCGACUUUAUCAAUUAAAUCUCGAGCCUGUUUCUACCGCUUCUGAAUUAAUAUAUGCCACACAGGAGAACACUCCUCACACCUGA